GGGUGACGAGAAUACGCCCCAAACUACAACACAUGCGGCGGUGUCGACCCCCUGCUGUAGCCGACUGAGCGCUCUACAUUUUUCGUUUGUUACUCUGCACUCAGACACGCCAAAGGACCGUUCUGUAUCAACAAGAGUUUCUGAAGUUGGUUGGGCAAACCUUACAGCCGCAUAUAUCUCCUUUGCGCGCCCUCUCUUCCACAUAAUGGAUCAUUCUAAAUCAAAUCCUGUCGCGGUUAACGUAGUGAACGGACAUUCUAAAAGUGAUGAAGCUUCGGUAACCGAAUCCACCGUAGAGUCACCCGUGUUUUGCUGCGGCUGUCUGAGGCGGAUCAGAGGCUGGAUCCCCGUGCAUUAUAAAGAAGAGAUUGGCCAAAUUCUGAAACUAGCGGGACCGGUGGUUAUAUCCCAGCUGAUGAUCUUUCUGAUCAGUUUUGUCAGCACCGUGUUCUGUGGUCACCUGGGGAAGACUGAGCUGGCUGGGGUGGCACUGGCUAUAGCGGUGAUCAAUGUCACCGGCCUCUCCAUUGGCUCUGGCCUGGCAUCAGCCUGUGAUACUCUCAUAUCUCAGACAUUUGGCAGUGGUAAUAUGAAUCGUGUUGGCAUGAUUCUACAAAGGGGGGUUCUGAUUCUGCUCCUGGCCUGCUUCCCCUGCUGGGCUCUCCUCAUCAACACUGAACCCAUCCUAUUGGCUGUUAAACAGAGCCCGGAGGUCGCCAGGCUCUCCCAGCUGUAUGUGAUGAUCUUCAUGCCAGCCUUGCCGGCUGCCUUCAUGUUACAGAUAAUGUUGUGUUUCUUCCUACAGGGUAUCAUCUGGCCUACCGUGCUAGUAGGAUUGGUGGGAAACAUUCUUAAUGCUCUCAUCAACUACAUCUUCCUCUACGUGCUGGACCUGGGCGUAGCUGGUUCUGCUGCAGCCAACUCCAUCUCCCAGUACUCCCUGGCUGUCUUUCUCUACUGCUAUAUUGUCUGGCAGGGUCUGCACAAGGCCACCUGGGAAGGUUGGUCAGCUGACUGCCUGCAGGAGUGGGGUCAGUUCAUCACACUGGCCAUCCCAAGUAUGCUAAUGCUGUGUCUGGAAUGGUGGACCUAUGAGAUCGGCGGUUUCCUGGCAGGUCUUAUCAGUGAGGUGGAGUUGGGGGCUCAGUCUGUUGUCUAUCAGCUAGCUGUCAUCACCUACAUGUUUCCUCUUGGAUUCUCAGUAGCAGCCAGUGUGAGGGUGGGCAACGCUCUGGGUGCAGGGAACACAGAACAGGCCAAGCUGUCUGGGAAGGUUGCCUCCAUCUGUGCAUUCAUCGUCUCGUGUUUUGUCAGUACGUUUGUCCUCGUGACUAAAGACGUGAUGGGGUACAUCUUUACCACAGAACAGGACAUUGUGAAGAGGGUGGCUGACAUCAUGAUCCUGUAUGGCUUCUUCCAUCUGGCAGACACCUUCGUGGGCGUGAUGGGCGGUGUCGUGCGUGGAGCAGGAAAGCAGAAGAUUGGAGCGUUGUGUAAUCUGGUGGGCUACUACUUCAUUGGCUUCCCCAUCGGAGUCUCCCUCAUGUUCCCUAACAAGAUGGGCAUCAUCGGUUUGUGGAUAGGCCUGUUCACCUGUGUGUUAAUCCAGUCCUUGUUCUUGGUUGUUCUGCUGUGUAAACUGGACUGGAAAAAAGCCAGUCAAGAGGCUCUGGUGAGGGCAGGAGUCCAGCUCCCUGAAAGGAAAGAAGAGCAGUUUGGACUGGAGAAGAGAGGCUGGUCGGAGGCGGUCCCACCCAGCGACGAGAGCCCUGGGGAGGGAAAGACGGACGUGGAGGGGCUGGGUGGGGACAGGGGGGAAGGCGGGGAGGAGUUGGAGGCUGAGGCGGGGCCGGUGGUCAGUACGGUGAGGUUGACUGUCAGACAGCUGGUGCUUCGACGUGGGCUAGUUGUCAUCCUCAUGUUCCUCAUCCUCACCGCUGGAAUCAUCCUCAGUGAACUGCUCACCAGCCUGCUGCUCGGAUAAACUGAGCCAAAGAGAUUACCCACAGCCACAUAUACAGUACAGGAGGUUAUUACAGCCACAUAUACAGUACAGGAGGUUACUACAGCCACAUAUACAGUACAGGAGGUUACUACAGCCACAUAUACAGUACAGGAGGUUACCACAGCCACAUACAGUACAGGAGGUUACCCACAGUACAGGAGGCUACCACAGCCACAUAUACAGUACAGGAGGUUACUACAGCCACAUAUACAGUACAGGAGGUUUCUACAGCCACAUAUACAGUACAGGAGGUUACUACAGCCACAUAUACAGUACAGGAGGUU